CGGGUGCUCAGCGCCAGGCCGAGGGUGGGGCCAGUGUUAGUGGUUCCGGUACGGCUCCUGCCGCCCCUUCGGCUCCUCGCCUUCCCCCUCCCCUCCCACACCUCUCCUCCCUCCCGUUCCUGGGAAAGAGAGAAGCCACCGCUGCGGGUGGAUUGAGAAGCGCUCGGCGCGGGAGGGGAUCGCUCUCCACCCUUCUGAGACCCGAGCACGGCCAGACCAGGAGGACAGUUUUGAGGCCAGUGCACUUUUGACUCAAUGGGGCUGAAUGGGUUACAAAAUAUCCUCCUAUGCUUGAGACCUACAGACUACAUGUCCUACAAGAACUAAUCAAUGGUUUUUCAUCUCCUGGAGAUACAUUAGAAACAAAUAUGGUGCCAAAAGAUCUUCUUAUCUUUCUCUGACUACGGUUUAUUUGGACAUACUUUUGUAUUGAAGUGAAGUGUACAGACUGAGGCGAUUCACUGUGGAGAGACUCUGUCAUGUAGGAUCAUGGACCAUCCUAGUAGGGAGAAGGAUGAAAGACAACGGACAACUAAACCCAUGGCACAGAGGAGUACACACUGUUCUCGACCGUCUGGCUCCUCGACAUCUGGGGUUCUUAUGGUGGGACCCAACUUCAGGGUUGGCAAGAAGAUAGGGUGUGGGAACUUCGGAGAGCUCAGAUUAGGUAAAAAUCUCUACACCAAUGAAUAUGUAGCUAUCAAACUGGAACCAAUAAAAUCACGUGCUCCACAGCUUCAUUUAGAGUACAGGUUUUAUAAACAGCUUGGCAGUGCAGGUGAAGGUCUCCCACAGGUUUAUUACUUUGGACCAUGUGGGAAAUACAAUGCCAUGGUGCUGGAGCUCCUCGGCCCUAGCUUGGAGGACUUGUUUGACCUCUGUGACAGAACAUUUACUUUGAAGACUGUGUUAAUGAUAGCUAUCCAGUUGCUUUCUCGAAUGGAAUAUGUACACUCAAAGAAUCUCAUUUACCGAGAUGUCAAGCCAGAGAACUUCCUGAUUGGCCGCCAAGGCAAUAAAAAAGAGCAUGUUAUACACAUUAUAGAUUUUGGACUGGCCAAGGAAUACAUUGACCCUGAAACCAAAAAACACAUACCAUAUAGGGAGCACAAAAGUUUAACUGGAACUGCGAGAUAUAUGUCUAUCAACACGCAUCUUGGCAAAGAGCAAAGCCGGCGGGAUGAUUUGGAAGCCCUAGGCCAUAUGUUCAUGUAUUUCCUUCGAGGCAGCCUGCCCUGGCAAGGACUCAAGGCUGAUACAUUAAAAGAGAGAUAUCAAAAAAUUGGUGACACCAAAAGGAAUACUCCCAUUGAAGCUCUCUGUGAAAACUUUCCAGAGGAGAUGGCAACUUACCUGCGAUAUGUCAGGCGGUUAGACUUCUUUGAAAAACCUGACUAUGAGUAUUUACGGACCCUCUUCACAGACCUCUUUGAAAGGAAAGGCUAUACCUUUGACUACGCCUACGAUUGGGUCGGGAGGCCUAUUCCUACUCCAGUAGGGUCAGUUCAUGUAGAUUCUGGUGCAUCUGCAAUAACUCGAGAAAGCCACACACACAGGGAUCGGCCAUCACAACAGCCUCUACGAAAUCAGACUGCAUCGUCAGAGCGCCGAGGAGAAUGGGAAAUCCAGCCCAGCCGGCAGACCAAUACCUCGUACCUGACGUCUCACUUGGCUGCAGACCGCCAUGGGGGAUCAGUGCAGGUGGUGAGUUCAACCAAUGGAGAGCUGAAUGUCGAUGACCCCACGGGAGCCCACUCCAAUGCACCCAUCACUGCUCACGCCGAGGUGGAGGUAGUGGAGGAAGCUAAGUGCUGCUGUUUCUUUAAGAGGAAAAGGAAGAAGACUGCUCAGCGCCACAAGUGACCAGUGCCUCCCAGGAGUCCUCAGGCCCUGGGGACUCUGACUCAAUUGCACCUGCAGCUCCUGCCAUUUCUCAUUGGAAAGGACUCCUCUGUGGGGGAGGGUGGAGAUCCAAACCAAAAAGAAGAAAACAGAUGCCCCCAGAAGGAGCCAGUGUGGGCAGCCAGGGCCCAGUGAGUGGGUCAGUGGCUAUCCCCACCUGCCUGCAGCUCUGAGCAGGUCCCAGAGCUGUUGCUCCUCUACUGCUUGCCCUUGGGGCUACCUGGUUGACUCUCCUUCCUAUUGUUUACAGUGAAGGUGUCAUUCACAAAAACUCAAGGACUACUAUUUUCUUCCCUCCCUUUAGUUUACUCCUGGUUCUUGCCCCACCCUCAGUCCUCUCCAGCAUAAAAGCUAGUGAGGUGAAGGCUUUGUUUGCUGAAGGAGCUCAAGAGGCUCGGGGUGCGGCCAAGGAAGUAGGAGGAAGGUGGCAGGCCCGAGCUAGAGAAGAAUCUUCUCCACCUACCAGACGUUAUCUGGCAGUAUGGCUCCCUCUUCCUCUGUACCUGCACAGCCUCCAUCCCCAGCUGGUCACGGGGUGCAGGUUAUUCCCUCCCUCCCUCCUGUGAAGUUAAUACUGUAGGACACAAACUGUAAGCAAUCUGCAGCCUACUGUCCCCGUGUGUUGGCAUUCUUAGCUUUCUUGACAAGCAAACCCUGCUCUUCAGUCAGUAGUAGGACAAUGCAGAUUGUUCUGAGCAAAGGAAAAAACUGACUUUAUUGCACUUUUAGUUUUUUGUUUUUGUUUUUGUUUUUUAACAAAAAACAUGGCAGAUGCAUAUUGUGUCUGGUUAUAUUGGGAGUUUUACUUUUUUUCUGUUUGAGGGGGAUGGGGCCAGCCAAGCCAUUCAGAGAACAUGGGUCCAGAGGACAUUCUCAAUGGAGAGAGUUGCAUCUGCAGCACCCAGAAGAGAAGAAGCCAAACUCUGUGUCAUUCUGAGUGAACACUCAGGUUGGCAAGGAAACAUACUUGAAUUUUCAUUCAUCUUCUCAGCUACUGAAGAAUGUCCUUACCAGAGCCUCUUGACCUCAUCAACCUGGAGUUUGGACAACCCAGCUCUCCAGCACAUGGGAUGAGCCAGUCAGACUGUAACCAGGAGACAGUUCAUCCCAGAGAAGGAGAUACUAAACGAAAAAAAAAAAAAAAUCCGAAACAUCCGUUUCCUCCACUGCCAGGGACUUUCAAAUAGAUAGCCAUGUGACUUCCUUAGUGACUUGGGGGACAAAAUUAGUGAUGAAACAGCCACCACCAUAUUGCCACUAGUGGACAAAAAGAGGAGGAAAGUGAACUCGCCUUUCAACUGCCAAAGGAACCUCAGAACUCGGCAUCAUAGGGCCAGGAAAUAAAAUUGGUGUGUACUUUCUGCCCCAAUACUUGAGUUAUAGCAUUUGGGCUGGCCUGCCUUAUCUGAAACCAACACUUGCGAAUUUUUUCCCAGCAGGUCCACAGCGGCAGGCUUAGGACUUAGAACAUGGGGCUGUAGUGAACAGGAGGGUGAGAUUGGUUGGUGCUGGAAAAUUCCAGGGGAAAGGAGAAUGAAAUGAAAGAAAGCUCUGAGAUUAUCUUCUCAGUUGGACAUAGACUUUUUCCAGAUAAGGUGGCCGUGCGUCCAGAGCACGUUCUCCCCAGUACACUCUCCGCCUCCCCCUACGCAUGGUGUAGUCGCACAGCAUACUACCAUGAAGGGUCUUGGUUCCGCAUUCACUGCUUAAAAAGUUAUUAAUGUAUGGAAUUAAUCUUAUUGUGCUCGAUUUUCAUUUGAGUUCAGUGGCUAACAAACAGUGACCUCUCAUUCCAGAAGUGAUAGAGGAGAAAGGAUUAUUUACAUUAGGGAAUGAGGUCCUGUAUCUGGGAGUACAGAUAACCGUGGAGGGCAAUGGCUGGUGACUUAGUCUGGUGGUUUUGGGAACGAACACGGAAAUCAUGGCCCCUGACUCGAGGUAUAGGGUUGUAUUCUGGACUGGAGGGUGUGAGGAUACUUUCUGGUAGUUGGCAUUUCCUGACAAGUCCCUUGGUAUAUCUUACAUGGAGCAGAAAUAGCAGCAGUAGCAUGAAACAGUUACUGCACUUCACCUGUUCCAUCAGUUUUUGGCUAGGAAAUACCACUUCAUUGGCUUUGAACUUGCUUACUUUUUGUAAAGAUUAUAAUCUUCCAUUUCUUUAAAAGAAACUUUCUUGUACACAAAACCGAGUGGCUGGGAGAUGCAGUGUCACACCCCUUCCCCACGAGGAUUUCGAAUAUUGGUAUUUGUUUCCUUGACAUUGCCUAGUGGUUAAGGCAUAAUCACUGAAACUUACGUAGUUUCUAAGUUGGUUUGGGGAUAACUCUAACUUCCUGUAUAGAAAUGUUUACUUCCUCAUCCCUGUAUAGAAAAAGUCUUGCCUCUCAAGGGAGGGCAAGGGGAAAUGGUGGCAGAGUCUGGGGCCUCUUGGCACUCCAUACCCCACUAAGUGCCUCCCCACCCCCCGCUUCCACAAAAAAGCAAAGGCAGUGACCAGCUUGGCUGCAGGGCAAGCCUCCUUGCAGCUGGGUUUGUGACUCUUUUUAGAUCUUAAAAUUUUUUAAAGGCUAGCUCUUGAGGGUUUGAACCUGAGCAGUUUUUUUUUUUUUUUUUGCGGGGGGGUGAGGGGGGUCCUCCUUAAUGCAGUUUUCCCUCACUGCCUCCCCAAAUCUCUUACCAGUUAUUUGAUUUUCAAAGGUGACAAGCCCCAGGUCCAUCUGGCAUGCAGAGUAAUGGUGAUCCUUCCAGGGCCAUUGGCACUCCAGGGUGGUCCCAGACCCCUGAGAGAUUCUUUAACAUUAAAAACGAGUACGUAAGGAGUAAUUUGGCUAUCAGUUCCAUCCCCGCCAACACAUCAGGGCCCCCUCCUCAGCUCUGUUGCUAUAGUUGCUUAGCUGUGUGCCUCAGCCAGGUCCUUGGGGUCGAGUAUUCCCUCCACCCACCACUCACCCAAAUCCACUUGCUCUGUAGAUUUUGAGCUCGCUCCAUUUCACAACCAUGAUGCCUAGGGAUCUUUUUCUUUGGGAUUGAUGCAGUUGUUUCUGAGUUAGCAUUAAGCAUUAACAGCAUCUAUUCAUUAAAAAAACAACAACAACAAUACCAUUAGGAGUUCUCCCAAGCCCUGCAAACCUUCAGGCAUUACAUCCUGAGCAAAUUGAAGCAAGCAGGACAGGAAUCCACCAAGGUAUAACAGGUCUUUUCUUUGUGACCAGAGCAUGACUUGAGUCUGUGAAGUCUAAGCACAUAAGGUUUGAUCACUUGCUAUGCCUACCUUGGUGUUUCCCAGUGAUUUCACUCCAGACUGUUCUGCAGGAGUGGGCAGAGUGUGCCAGCAGCCAGUGUGUUUUUAUGACUGCCUUAAUUAACACUCUCCUGCUAUUUGAGGUAUGUCUAGGAAGGUACAAGUCAGGUGACUACGUCGGCCUCCAGUUAAAGCUCCAUUUCAUUUUAGAAUAUAGGGGCGACAGGAGACAGCAGGAUACUGAGGUUUCCAGUAAAAGUGUUGAACACCUGUUACUUCUCAGUGAACUCCAAGUACAUAGAAACAGCCCCUGCCAUUAGCCAGAAGAGGUGUCUGUUACCUCUAAAGUAACUUCUGACUUAAUUCACUGGAAAUGUACACUGGUAGUACGUAUUCAGUGUUGAUUAUCAGUGUUAGUAAUCACUUUUAAUGUUAGAUAUGCUGUGCUGGUAAUGUUAUGUCAGAGUGGUUACUAAAGAUCAUAGCCUUAACUUUUUUUAUGCAAAAGAUAGAACCCUGUUCCCCCUCCGCAGUGAGCAAGCAUGGCCUGCAUUUUUCAAAAAUAAGUACUUCCAUGGCAGCCUAGAAAGCAUCUUCUCAAAAGAACUUGAUCUUUCUUCUGAUGCAUCUCUCCCAAGCCCACGUGCCUCCUGUGUCUCGGUCACCUCUUCCAUCUUCAUAUUUAAACCAGUUUUCCAUUCCCAGUGACUUGCCCUGACAGCAUUUUCAGUGUCAGAGCCACCAUGUUAGAGCCAGUUUCUCAGAUUGAAAGUUGGCAGCGCCAUACAGCCAACAUUGCCUUUGUCAGUUCACUGCCACCACCCCCACCAGUGACCCAAGGUAGGCAGAUGAAUUCCAGGAUAACUAUGUAACCCAUCUGGAUUGGCCAAGUGAACAACAGGCACUUGUCUCUGGAGUUCUUGCUUUUGCCAGCUCCAGAAAAGUCCCAUCUAGAGGUUGAUUGACAGUGACUCCCAGUCUUAAUGAUGGGUCAGUAGGAAUCAAAACGGGAUUCCUAUGGUUUUGUUUCCUUGGGUUUUUAUUUUUUUGGGGGGUGGGGUGGGGUGGGGCGAUGAUUUUGUAUUUGUUUAAGAAAAAGAGGAAACUAUGGCCCUUCUAAGGGUUUAUAGAGUUUUGAGCAGUGUUUUAGCCACAAAUAAGGAAUCUUGGAAGUCUUUGAUCAUUUAAGCAAUCUUAAAAACAUGUUUUCUCUAACUACUUUUGCAGGUGACUGAGUGCAAAAGAACAGGUUUCUUCAUUGUAGUCAAAAUAGUAAGUAGGUUCCCUGGAUAUAGACAGUAGUAGUUGACAUAUUUCCUCAAAAAACAACCAGGAAGUCCACUCCAGUAUUUGUGGAUCAGCCUACCAAGGAAAAGUGAACAUGUAUUCCAUAUAUUUCUAGUUCGGUUACCAAACUUGAUGUUUUAAAGAAAUCUCAGUUCUAUGGACAGAAUUUCUUUUGUUUUCUUUAUUCCUUGCAAUCAUCUUUCCAGUGCCAUCACCACCUUCAAAGUCUCAGAGCAGAGAGUUAUCCAUGGUAAUAAAUGGGGAUGUGGUGCGGUCGUCCCAGUAACACAAGGGGACCGCUGUCCUGACUGCCUCUUCCCCACAAGUCCCCUCCUUCUGGGCAGGUGAGACAUUUUCAGUGUUCCUCUUCAUGAGCUCCAGACCAAAUCCCAGGCCAGCCCUGCACCAGAAGCUUUUUUAAGAGGCUUAUCAGUCUGUUAGCAGUGUCUCAGGAAAGAUGAGCCAUUUCUUCGGGGGGAAAUAAAUUUACAGAUGGGUAUGUAUGAAUGCAUUUGUAUGCCUGUGAGUAUGUGUGUGCUCAUCUGUGUGCAUUUCACUUCCAUAAAAACCCAGCCCAGGCUGCUGGGUCCAUGUGUUCCUGAAUAUUCUAGGAAGUAAACAAGUAACAAGGGAGCUUCUCAAAUUAGUGUCACAGCAAGCUGGCUCUGGGAAUGAGCCCCAUUUAUCAAGCAGAAGAGUAAAUAGCAGAAAAGAUAGAGAUGAAACCAAAAAUAUUACAACCUCCCCCAAAAGAAAAUAAUGUUGAUCCAUCAAUCCUCAUUGGAUAUAUUACAUGCUCUAAUUUAUUAUUAUUUUGUCUGUUUCUUAAAUCUUUGCCCAUUGUACUUUUUAAAAGAUGUUGGGAUGUUGAUUGCAAUUUUUUUAAGACUAGAUAAUAUAUAAAUCAGCUGUGGAAAUCAGUUUUAAUUGAUGUGUGGAUGGUGUCUGAUCAUUGUUCAAUCCUUUUUUUUCUUACCUUUUGUUUUAGAUGAUGUAAUGUUGUUUCAUAAACCCUGGCAAUGGUCACAAAGCUCAGCUGUGAAAAUGAAAUUUGUAGUAUUUUUAAACAUGAAUGUCAAUUUCAAGUGUAUUUGAAAUGGUUCCUCCAGGAGAGAUUUGUAACACCAGUAGGAAAAACUCCUCUGCAGAGGAAGUAUCCUUCUUUGGAGAAAAUGGGAAAUAGGUCUUGAUACGUUGUCUCAGAGUAGUCCAUUUCCUAGGGCACCAUGGAAAACACAAAUGUGAUCUUUAAGUAUACCUCUUCCCCAAUUUGGGGAGGGAAGGACUCAGUUUGCACCCUUUUUGUAUGUAAAAUAAAAUGUCUUACUUUUCUUGGCUAA